AUGGGUCCAGCUUUACUUGAGACUGAAUCCAUCGCUAUGGUGUUAAUUAACGAAUCGAAGUAUGGAUGUAUCUCCGCGGAAAAAGUUGAUGACGACUUUUGCUUGAUUUUGAAUAGGUUUCCUGAGAAAAUGCCUGAUUUCGUCCCCGAUUUUUCCACUCUAAUGUCAGGACCAGACGAGCAGGCUGAUGCCCUACACUUUAAAACAGUACAAGGUGUACCACCAAGCUAUGGUCCUGUAGUGCAGUCGUGGGUGAGGGAACACGGUUUCAAUAUGGACUUUCAAAAGAUGAUGAGGCUCUUACGAAAGCUUCCCGAUCGGCCGCAGCUUUUCUAUCAAGUAAGUUCAAUUCGACUUGUUAUUCUCACGAAUACUUGA